AUGUACGACUUAGCUGUAAUAGGAGGAGGCAGUGGUGGAUUAGCCAUUUCCAGAAGAUCAGCAUAUACGUACGGUAAGAAUGUAUUAUUAAUAGAAAAGAGUGUUUUAGGUGGUACGUGCGUUAAUAAUGGAUGUAUCCCUAAGAAGAUGUUAUACAAUAUGGCACUUUUACACUCAGAAGUAGUCCAUUUAUACGGUAAGACCGGUAUAAAAUUAGCCUGGGAUGAGUUUAAUCAGAAGAGGAGCACGUACAUCAAGUUUCUCAAUGAGAUGUACAUGAACAGGAACCAAAAUGACAGGAUUACCACAGUGACAGGUCCAGCUGUAAUAAAAAAUGGACUAAUUGAAGUAAAUGGGCAGGUGUAUACAGCCAGUAAAACCAUACUAGCAAUGGGUUCAUACCCUGACGUAUUAGACUGUGAGGGCAGUGAGCACUUACUUACAAGUGAUGAUUUUUUCAGGUUUGAUACCGUACCUGAUUCUGUGGUAAUUAUAGGCACGGGGUAUAUCGCCAUAGAAACUGCUUUUGUAUUACAGGAGUGCAACUGCAAGGUUACAUUAAUUGCCCGUGGUGAUUCUGUGCUUAGAUCAUUUGAUACCAUGAUACAGGACCGUGUUAAGAGCACUUUAUUAUCAAAAGGUAUAAAAAUUCUUGAAAAAACGACUGUUUUGAAAAUUGAAAAAAUUUGCACAGGUAUAAAAUUAAGCAUAAUCAAGGCAGGUGUACAUGACACAAUCACAGCCAGUAAAGGUAUCUGUGCCAUAGGGAGACUUCCUAACACAGAAAGUAUCCAUAAUGAUAAUAUUAAAUUUUCAGAGUCUAAGUUUAUAAUAACGGACAAGUCCUUUUGUACAACGGACAAGGACACUUUUGCGAUAGGGGACAUAACCACAAGUGAUUAUAUGCUUACACCCGUUGCCAUAUUCAGUGGUAGAAGACUGUCCGAUUAUUUAUACGGUAAUAGCACUGGUAAUAUUAAAGGCCUAAUAAGAUCAGUCCCCACUGUGAUAUUUUCACAUCCACCUGCUGGUUCUGUUGGGUUAUCGGAGAGUGACUGUAAGCGUAUUAAUGGCUUAAGCGUACAGUGUGAACAUUCGGGUUAUGUCGGGUUAUCACAGGAUGAGUGCGUAUCUGACCCUGUGUGUAUUAAGGAGAUAAGUCUGUUCCAUUAUAAUAGUAUAUUUACGGUGUAUAAGAAUGUGUAUAAGUUUGUGUAUGGUAGUGUGACUGGUUUAUUAUACGGUGUGCAUGUUUAUGGGUACGAGUGUGAUGAAGUCUUACAGGGAUAUUCUGUGUUAGUCAGGAAUCAUGUCACGUACACUCAGAUGGUUGAUUAUUUUGAUGUAAUUGGAGGUUCUUCAUAUGAGGUGUUAUCAGGUAUCUUUGAGUGAUAACCCGAUAUAACCCGG